GCUCGUCAUAAACGUCAAAAAUUGUUUAUCGAUUCGAUUGCUACUCGCGUUGCGAUUGCUAUGCAGUGCCUAUUUCCUUUAAUUAUUAUUUCCAUUUGUGUCUCUACCAUCACUAAAGCGUGCAAUUAACGACGGAGGAAUGAAGUGAAAGUAGCCUUGAUACAUUUCCCGUACCUAGCUACGUCAAUUUCGCCAGGAUGGUGGAGAAUGGUGUGUCGAGUGGGGGCAGCGACAGCCCCAGCGCGGCCUGUGGGCGGUCGGGGCUGCUGGAGACGCUGGUGCGGGGCGUGUGGUACCGCGUGCACUGCUCGCUUGAGGACGACUACUUCAGCGUCAGUCUGGACGACGGCUACGACGCCACGACAACUUUGAACGGAACACUGAACAACAACAAUGUAGAGACCCCCAACAGCGACUUCACGGAGGUCCCAGAGGCCAUCGCCAACCAGAAACGACUCGUCCAAGUCAUAAAAUCCGACAACAAUGGCUUGGGCAUCUCAAUCAAGGGCGGGAUUGAGAAUAACAUGCCCAUUCUCAUCUCUAAGAUAUUUAAGGGUAUGGCUGCGGAUUUAACAGAGCAGUUGUAUGUGGGAGAUGCCAUUCUGUCUGUGAAUGGGGAGGACCUGAAGGACGCCACACACGAGGAAGCAGUGAAGGCAUUGAAAAGAGCGGGAAAAAUUGUUCAACUUGAAGUGAAAUACCUGCGCGAGGUCACCCCAUACUUCCGCAAGGCUUCCAUCAUCAGCGAGGUGGGCUGGGAGCUGCAGCGCGGGUACAUGGCGGACGCGCCGCCCUCGCCCCCCUCCCCGCGCCGCCGCCGCGCCGACACCCGCUACGUGCCGCUGCUGAUGGCCGCCGUGGCGCGCGGCCUGCGUCAUCGCGACCCCGAGGGCCGCACAAUCGAGCUCUACUCCCCUGACGGCGUCCACGCCUUAGCCCUGCGAGCACGCGACGCCCCGGACGCGGCGGCGUGGCACCGCGCGUUACACGCGGCCGCCCGGCGCGCCGCUAGAGCGGCACUGGCGCGGGCGAGACCGCAUCUGAGGCCGCUGAUUGGCGAUCUGAGAUUUGCUGGUUGGCUGGCGAGGCGGCCGGCGCAUGAUGCUAUCAGCGUGUCGGGCAGCUCAGACAGCUCGGACGAGGCGGAGGGCUGGCAGCCGUGCUACGUCGUCAUCACCGACCGAGAGCUCAGACUGUACGAAGUGGCCCCCUGGUCAGCAUCAACCUGGUGCGCCCCACUCGAGUCCUUCGCGUUAGCCGCCACCCGCCUGGCUUCAUGGCGACGCGCGGGCGCCGGCGACGCGGCCUGGCUCGGCGUCAGGGCUGGCACCACUGCCGGCUUAGCAGCGAGGACGCUCAGGGCUGACACUGCGAAUGAUCUGACGGCGGUGGCGCAAGCGUUAGUCGAUGGAGCUCAUCAGGCGGCCAGCGAACAGACGGAGUUCACUUUUCGUUGCCGCUACCGCGGCGCGCCCGCCUGCCUAUCACUAGGCGCGGGCGGCGUCUGCGUCUCCGAGGGCCUGGGCUCCCUAGGCCGGGGCGGCGCGCGGCCCGUGCUGCGGCGCCCGCUGCACGCGCUGCGAGCCUCCGCCGACGACGACCGAUCUACACUGUGGCUGCAUUUUGCUAAUAAUGACUCUGCCGAGCUAGAAAUGGAGGGCAGCCCAAAGCCAGCAGUGUUCAUCCUGCACAACCUUCUCUCGGCCAGAGUCCACCAACUGCCGGAAGAUGUCGCCACGGAGACGCUAUAACCCGACCACGACGCGUGAGCCGGCCGCUUCAACUAGAAUACACGGAGGAUUGUAAGAAAGGCUAGUUUUUAUUGGUCAGACGAUAGCCGGAAGUUUGUACUAAAGUUGUAGGUGAGUGAUGAAGUGUAAGCCUGAAUUGGCUAUGCAUUCUACAUUGCCGCGCGGAUGACGCGUGGGAUAUGUAUUCUAAUGCAAAGCCAUCAAUGUAUAGGGAUGUGACGAUGGUAUCGCUCGUUAGUACGCCUACCUGAGUUCUAUAGUACCAUCGCUUCGUAAGGGACGCUAGCUUAGCAACUGCGUUUUUUAAACGCUUUGAAUGUGUGUGCAAUUUGUUGAUGUGUGCGAAGACAAUGCGGUUAUACUAUAGAGCUGCAAAUCAGGUCUGAAUGUAGCAAAUGAAAAGGAGCCUAAGUGUGGUUAUUGUAAAGCGUAAUUUACGGUGCCUAAGGCAUUCGUUGGAGAUUUUCGAAGGGAAAACUAUUUGUUGUAGUACGGGUAGCUAUUUCUACAUUUAAACUUAGCAUUAGAUACGAAUAUUUCUUGAAUGUUUGCCUAAGAACAGUAAGUUUCUUCCUUCGUAUUAACAUUUUGUUUAAAGUAACAGUUGGUUUAAUAAGCAGUGUAGCCUUGGCACUUGAAAAGGGUUUGUUUGGAAAUGAGUUCUUUUUUACAUUAAAAAAUAAAUGUCUGUAUUUUUUUCUGUCA